GAUUCGAUGGUCUGUUAAUUCCGCGGGUGUUGUGUGUGCUUCUUUGCUUGCAGGCAGUUUGUUUGUGUUGUUUUCUCUUCUUCUCUUGCCCAAGCCACAACCUUGCGGCGGCACCAGCAUCCCACCUAGUCACUCAGACGCACAGGACGAUCGGACAGUCAGCCUCAGGCACACCUUGACACCUGGCAGACCCAGGAUGGGGUUGUCUGGGAAUGACAAGUUGACCAUUGCCCUGAGUGUCAUCUUCGGCACAUUCUUCUUUGUGGCAGUGGCCAUCAUCGCCCAUUUCCUUCGCCGCCACCACCGCGAGUCCAUCGCCCUCACAUCCCACUUCCAACGCCUACGAAGGACACGGCGUGGAUCUGCAACAGCCCGCCUCACGGAUGCAGUGGGAAGCCAGGAUGAUGCAGCAAGUGCAGUCGACUCCCGCGACAACAUUCCCAUGGCCUUCCUUGGACCACGGUCGCGUGUGGAUGAGCUGGACACACACGCCCUCGCAUUGCUACCGCCAACAGUGGCCCUGCUUCGAUCCUGUCGCGAGCUUGCUCGCAGGCUCCUCGCCCAACUCAUGGCGGGGGCAUCUGACUCGGGCUCUGACCUUGUCACUGGGUCCCUCGAAGUCGUGCUUGCUGCCAGCAGCCCCAUCUCUAUCAGGGCGGACGACCUCACAAGUUGCGUGUAUCCACCCAUCGACGAAGCCGAUGUGCACAACGCAGCCACUCGCCUUGUGUCCAGCGUCGACAACCUCGUCCGCGUCACAAGGGACAACUGUGACCUUCGCCAGCUGGGCUGGAUUGAUCACAGUGCCGUACAAAUCAUCCGUGACUACAAGACGCUAUGCCGUGAACUAGACAGGUAUCAAGUCGCACAACAACAACUCGGCCAUCCAGACCGGCAUUAUCAUCAACAGCAGCAGCAGCAACAACAACAACAACAACAACAACAACAACAACAACAACAACGGCAGCAGCAGCAACAACAGCAACAGCAACAGCAACAACAAGUAGUAGUAGUGGAGGAGCAAGAGGAGCCAGUGUGGAUGCCUUAAUCUUGUCCCUGACUUCUUUUUGCCUUCCUUUCUCUUGUUCUGCGUGUUGCUUCACCAUCCACUCCUCGUGCUUAGCUCAACUUUGCGUUUACUCUCUGGUGCUUCCCAUCGUUAUCACACGGUCAAACGGGUCAACCGUUCUUCCCUUGCUCAUGGCCUGGCUCUGCUGAGCACAAGAGCAUGCUCUACUGCUACCAUUACUCUUCCCUCCUCUGUGUCUGCAACUAACCGUGCCCAAACCAGCCAACCAUGCCGGCCAAUCCCAAUCCGAGUCGUUUGAUUCUUGCUCGCGCAAGCACAGCAUAGGACUUGCGUCUUGCUGUCUUGCUCCUGCGCAUCGUCAUUGAAGUACUUGAAGCUGGCGUUUACGUUGUCACUCCUCUCUAUUCUCCUCCACUGCGUGCCCCAUGUUCGUCGUCCCCUCUUGUUGUAAUGUUGCUCACGUGUACAUGCAACGUGCGACAUCACAUCACUACAUGGGGACAUCAUAGUGCCCUGGUCAGUGCUGUGACUUGGGUUCUCCUGCCUUGCUGUCGCUUUGGUUGAGAGUAGGAGAGUAGGAGAGUGCAACACCUUGCACCCUCACAGCACACCAUCCCAGCGUGCAUUCUUCUCCCGCCCUCUUGUUCACUCGUUAUUCUGAUCACUGACGAUGUACAUUCUCUGUUGGUUGGUUCUUUGUUGCUGCUUAGUCACUCCACUCAGUUCUAGUUCGUUCACCCACCUCCCUAUUCGCUUGCUUGCUUGACUUCACUCUGUGCAGUAUAUCGGGUGGUGCAGCGUCCUGCUCCUGCGUGUCGUCUCUGCUGUUGAAGUGCAUUGAGCGUCGAGCUCCAAGACAUACACACACGCCUGGAGCGACCGCCAAGCGUUGAUCGCCCUUGCCUUGCUAUUGUUGCUGUUGCUGCUUCCUUGUGCUUGUUGUUACUAUCCAACUCAUGCAUGCCACCAAGGCAGCUAGCUGCCUUGCUUGCUGCGCCUUAAAAUUACACUGUUGCACCCGCC